AUGCAAAGUUCACUCACGCUCAAGCAAGACUUCGGGCUUCGUCCAAGUGUUCCACGCCUCGUGAAAGCUGGAUUUACUUACGCCUGCCCACGCACCUUCAUCGGGGACAGCCGAGACCCAGCAAAGGAGGAUACAGAGAAAGACAAGAAGACGUGCAUACCGAAUGUCUAUACCACCUCUGCAUGCCUUCAGGCUGAAGACAGCGAAGAGUCCUCAUCCGCCGCUACUGGUAGACUCGGCAGCCAGCAGAACUCGGCCAAGGCCAACCCACCGAAGCGCGGAAAGUGGGCCGGCAAGGCGGACUUCGUUUUCAGCUGCAUCAGCUACGCCGUGGGAUUGGGCAACGUUUGGCGAUUCCCGUACCUCUGCUUUGAGAACGGAGGCGGUGCAUUCCUUGUCCCGUACUUUAUCUGCCUCAUCACAACGGCGGUUCCUUUGUUCUACUUGGAAGUGGCCAUGGGACAGUACCUGAGUAAGGGUGGUAUAGGCAUCUGGUCCGUAGCCCCAAUGUUCAAAGGCAUAGGCAUCGCGUCAUUUGUGAUGCUUGCGCUGUCUAACAUCUACUACAUGGUGGUCGUGGCUUGGAUCCUCUUCUAUCUGCUCUCAUCCUUCGCCACAGUGCUUCCCUGGAAGCACUGCGGCAACCACUGGAACACCGAUAGGUGUUGGGAGCACAACGAAACGCACCCAACACCGCCGCACAACAGAUCCGUCACGCCCAUCGUAGAGUACUGGGAGAAUCGAGUGCUCGGCAUCACGUCCGGACUGCACGAUAUUGGGGCCAUGCGUUUGGAGCUGGCCUUCUACUUAUUGAUCUCUUGGGUCGCGGUGUACUUCGUCAUCUGGAAGGGUCUUCACAAGAGCGGCAAGAUAGUCUGGGUGCUGGCGGUGUUCCCAUACGUGUGCCUCUUCAUUCUUCUCGUGAGAGGCAUCACACUCAGUGGAUCGUCCGACGGUCUCUUAUACUACGUUACACCCAAUUGGAGUCAGUUACUAAAGCCGAAGGUAUGGAUUGCUGCUGGAACUCAGGUGUUCUACAGCUACGGAGUUGGCUUCGGUUCUCUCGUGACACUCGGUAGCUACAAUCAAUUUCACCAGAACUUUAUAAGAGAUUCGGCGAUAGUCUGCAUCGUCAACCCUAUGACGAGCCUUCUCUCGGGUACAGUUAUAUUUACUGUGCUUGGUCACAUGGCUUCUGUAGCUGGAAAGUCAGUAGGCGACGUCGUGAAAUCGGGACCAGGCCUGGCCUUCCUCGUAUACCCCGAGGUCGUCACUCGAAUGCCGGGUUCGAUGCUGUGGUCCUUGCUUUUCUUCGUCAUGCUGCUCCUCCUCGGAAUAAACAGCCAGUUCUGCACAUCCGAAGGAGUAGUCGCCGGCCUAAUCGACCAAUGGCCAUCCCUGAUGACCCGGCGCAAGCUCGUUACUUUCUUUUUGGUCGUGACUCAGUUUCUCUUAGGUCUCCCUAUGACGACUCAGGGUGGAAUGUAUCUGUUUCAAUUAAUGGACAACUACGCUAUCAGCGGCAUCACACUAUUGUUCGUAGUGUUCGCUCAGGCAACUGCUCUUUCUUGGGUAUAUGGAACGAGGAACAUCUCAGAUAACAUCCAGGAAAUGAUCGGCCGACGUCCAGGCCUCCUGUUCCGACUGGGCUGGACGGUGUUCGCGCCGGUCAUGUGUGUGGCUAUAUUCCUGUUCUCGGUGAUCAAGUACCAACCGCUGGUGUACGCCAAGACGUACACGUACCCGUGGUGGGGCGAGAUGUUGGGCUGGUUCAUGGCCCUCGCUUCCAUGGUCAUGAUUCCUGCAUACAUGAUCUACUUCCUGCUCACCACCCCAGGCUCGCUCCAACAGCGAAUCCGAGCGGGUUUGUCUCCACAGCUUGUGCAACGUGACCAGAAGGAGGCAGAGGAGUACCCGUUGAGGUUGUUCAGUGAGGUGAAUGUGGAAAAGGCCGUGUUCUUCACUGCAAACAGUGCCGGUGCUAUGAACUCGAAGACGUUCGUGCUGGAAAAGCCCUUGUUAGGCGGCAGUGGCGCCUCGAAAGGCGUCAAGGUAGACAAGCUCGCCUUGGACGUCAAGAAAAUCAAAAGCGAAUGUGCUGCAACAGCUGAAGAUGUACUUGCUGAAAAGUUAAGCUUUUUGUCACCAAAGCAGCAGCUCGCUGUCAGGCAGUGCUUCGAGGCAUCAAGAAGGAAGAGUCCGCGGGGCAUGAAGUACGACAAAGAAUGGAUCCUCGAAUGCAUCUUGCUCAAAAUGAGAAGCCCAAAGCUGUAUCAAUAUAUGCGGAGGCAGAACAUUUUGGUGCUCCCAAGUGAAACAACCCUGCGUAAAUACACUGCUCAGUACAGAAGCGGCUACGGGUUCAAUGAGAAAAUGCUGAGUGUGUUGGAAAAGAAGGUUGCCCACCUGGAUGUGUUCCACCGACAUGGUGGAAUAGUCGUGGAUGAAAUGAAGCUAGCUGAACAUUUGUCAGUGACCACAGGAGCGAAGAUUGAAGGUUUUGUGGACCUGGGCCCGUACACACCCGGAAAAAAGAAAAAACAUUGCCAUGCAAUCAUGGCCUCGUAG